UUAUUAAGCCUUUCCAUCUGCCACUUCCAGGUUUCGUCCAAGUCCCGGAGCAGUUUGGCAGCCAUGGCUUCUUCUCGUUCCACGACUGCCUGCUUCUUCUCCUUGUUCUCAUCUCUUCGUCUUCUCCUCCUGUGCUCCUUUGCAGAUGUUCCCUUCUCCUCGGCGAUCGACACCAUCUCUGGGAACAAUUCUGUCUCAGGGAGCCAGAACGUGACCUCAGUCGAUGGUAACUUCAUAUUGGGCUUCUUCACGCCCACAGCUACCUCCUCCUCCUCCUCCUCCUCCUCCUCCUCCUCCCUCAACUACUACUACAUCGGCAUCUGGUACAACAAAAUCUCUGAGUUCACUACGGUUUGGGUGGCCAACAGAGAUAUCCCUAUCGUUGAUCCAACCACGUCGGAGCUCAGAAUUUCUGAUGAUGGCAACCUCGUGCUCCUCGGCAGUUCCUCGAUCAUUUGGUCUACAAAUGCCUCCGUCCCCUCUAACUCCACCACUGUCGCAGUCAUCCUCGAUACUGGCAACCUUCAGUUGAGGGAUGAGUCCAAUUCCUCUCUCGUCUUCUGGCAGAGCUUUGAUCAUCCCACAAACACAUGGCUCCCUGGAGCCAGACUCGGGGUCAACAAGCUCACCAACAAAUCCCGACGAAUCACUGCUUGGAACAGUAGAGUCAACCCUUCUCCUGGGAUCUUCACGUUCGAGAUGGAUCCUAAUGGAAGUUUGCAACUCCAACUUCUGUGGAAUUUGUCGAGGAUGUAUUGGACCACUGGCCUUUGGGACGGCAACACCUUUAGCUUAGUUCCCGAGCUCGCUCCCCAACUGAAUCGGCCAUUUACUUUCGGCUUCAAUUUCUUUAAUACUACAGAGGAGAACUACUUCGUCUACACGAUCGGUACUCCCGGCACUAUGUCGAGAUUUUUAAUAGAUUAUGAGUCCGGCCAAAUCCAACACUACACAUGGAGGGAGGAUUUAGAAUCAUGGCUGUUAAUUUGGGCCCAGCCUCGAGCCAACUGCGCGGCGUAUGGGCUCUGCGGACCAUUCGCUAAGUGCAACGGCGCCGACUCUUCCUGCGACUGCGUCAGAGGUUUCAGGAUCAAGUCUCGGACUGAUUGGGAUUCGGGUGACAGAAGCGCAGGGUGCGAGAGGAUCGCUCCUCUGCAGUGUGAACCGAACAGCACGAAUGAUGGCUUUUUCGAGAUGCAGAAUGUGAGACUACCUGACGGAGCUGAUACUUCGGCCAUGGCCGGAAGCUUGGAAGCUUGUGAGUUGACUUGCCUGAAUAACUGCUCUUGCAUUGCCUACUCCUACAACACGAGCGGGUGCUCUGUCUGGAGCGGAGAGUUGCUUAAUGUUCAAGAACAGUACGAACAGUCUGAUGGAGGAACUCUCUACCUUCGCUUGGCCGCUGCUGAACUGCAGAGCUCUGACGGCGACAAGAAGAGAAAGAUAACUUGGGCCAUCGUCGGGGUUGCCAUGGCGAUUCUCGUUGCUUUUCUUGCCACGAUCAUUUGGGUCACGAAUCGCAAGCGGCGAAGCAGAAAAAUGGUCCGGAAUUUGAUCAAUGCGCACGGUUCUUUGGUCCCGUUUACGUACAGGGAGCUGCAGCACGCCACGAAGAAUUUCUCAGAGAAGCUCGGGGAAGGCGGCUUUGGGUCCGUGUUCAAAGGGUCGUUACCAGGCUCGAUCGCCAUCGCCGUGAAGAAGCUCGAGGGCCUCAGACAGGGGGAGAAACAGUUCAGAGCAGAGGUGAGCACGAUAGGGACAAUCCACCACAUCAAUCUCGUUCGCUUGCUUGGAUUUUGCUCUGGAGGAUCUAACAGGCUGCUCGUCUACGAGUUCAUGCCGAAUGGUUCCUUGGACUCUCACCUCUUCCAUGCGGCUACUUCCGCCGUUCUGAGAUGGGGGACGAGGUACCAAAUCGCCAUGGGCGUAGCGAGGGGAUUGGCCUAUCUGCACGAGCAAUGCAGAGAAUGCAUCAUCCAUUGCGAUAUCAAGCCGGAGAAUAUUCUGCUGGAUGCUUCGUUCAUCCCCAAAUUGGCGGACUUCGGUCUGGCGAAGCUGGUGGGGCGGGACUUCAGCCGAGUCCUGACGACGUUCAGAGGCACCCGAGGCUACCUCGCCCCCGAGUGGAUGACCGGCGUCGCGAUCACGCCGAAAGCUGACGUGUACAGCUACGGGAUGAUGCUGCUCGAAAUCAUAUCCGGCAGGAGAAACCGCGAGCUAAUGGCGCCGGAAGACGGCGUCGAAUACUUCCCCACGCUGGCGGCGAUGAAACUGAUGGACGGCGAGGCGGCGAAGGUUCUGGACAGCAAGUUGGCGAUGGAAGGAGAAGGCGAGUUGGAAGAACUGGAGAGGGCUUGUAAACUUGCCUGCUGGUGCAUUCAGGACGACGAGAGUCACAGGCCUACGAUGGGGCAAGCUGUUCAAGUUCUGGAGGGGAUCAUACAACUCGACAUGCCUCCCAUUCCAAGAUCUCUUCAGCUUGACAUCGUAAACGACCAUGAAAUCAGUUUCUUCCACGAGGAUGAUCAGAAAACCAUCGUCCCGUCAGCUCGGCUGAUACAUGAUCGAUCCAGGAACAUCACUUGUAGUUUCUAAAUGUACGGCAGUAUUUUACGAAUGUAUAAAGAGUUGGCGGUGAUGUAAAUUAUACGUAGCGUUUUCUU